AUGACGGAGGUCGUGAGGAUUUCAGAGGAGGCAGGGAAGGAGUAUGGGAUGGUGGAGCUGUUGAAGAAGUGGAAGCUACCAGAUCAAUAUCACAGCAAGAUGUCGGAGAGGUGGAGAUGUAAAAUCGCCCCGACGGCCAGGAGCGAGGAGGAGAUAAAGCAACACCUGCUGGAUGGAUCGCCGGUGCUCGUGGAUCCUAGGUACGGGAAGGCAGCUUGCGAUCAGGUGGGAGGAGACUGCCUAGACUUCCUGGUCAACGACGAGACGAGAAACAAGUUUCCACGGCCGAAGAUCGCGUUUGUAGCGGGUUGGGGAAGGCCAGGAACCAUCCUAGCAGACGACGAGGAGCUCAGAGUGGUAGAAUCGUUCGAGCAGGUUCUCAGCUCAGACAAGCCGCUGAAUCUCCAGAUGUUCCACAGGGAAGACGAUGGGGCACCCAGGAUCCCCAAGCUCCCUCAGGCUCUUCAGUGGCCGCUGCCGGAGCUGCUAGGAGCCGGGCCGACAGGAGGACGGGAAGGAGGAGGAGAAGACGGAGGAGCAGGGGAGGGGGGAGGAGAAGGCGGGUGGAGGGCACGGCAUACCUGCGACAUGGCGACGCGGCUAAGCGCUAAGGGAGCGCUGACCUGGUGGCACCUUGACGACGGAGGGGAGUUCGUGUUUCAAGUGGGGCUGCCAUUGAGGGAGGACAGGAAGAUGGAAGGCCCGGUGCUGCUGGGACCGAACGGGAAGCCGGUGGUGAAGUUGUUCAUCUUUGCUGAGAAGGAUGCGUACGACUUCAUCAUACAAGACAUCGAGAGCAACAAGACGAGUAGGUUCAAUCACCUGCAUCUCUUCGACACCCCCUCCUCCUGCCUGCCUGACAAGAGUUGUAGCAGCAUAGAGGAGGAGGAUGAUAACGAUGCUCUGCCCACUUUCUGGAUCGCAGCGUUGGAAGCAGGGGGAAGCCCGCUCCUGUCCCCCCCCAACGUCCCGCACCUGGUCAUCACGCUGCAGGAUUGUGUUAUGGUGGAGGAGCGGGCAAUCAGUAUCUUCUUCCUAGACGAGGUCAUUUACUUCCUGGAGAAAGCUUCCAAGGAUUGGGACCAGCGCCCUAUUAUCUAUCCUUUCAUCAACGAGACAAUGAAGGACGACGACGAGAUAAAUCGACAUGUCAUCGCGGUGCUCGAGAGGGUUGCGAGUGAGACCAACGAUGACAGGGUUCUGAUCCGCAUAAGAGAGUCUUUGCGAUCUUUGACGAGGGGGAUGGGCGAGCACGUUGCAAUGAGUCAAGAGACCCUCGCAAGAGUGAACAAGCUGGUUCACAACACCCGCCUUUCCUCCUUGCCCCAUGAUCGCCGUUCGGCGAUGCAGGUAAAGUUCGCACGCUGCCUUGACCCUGCGUGCUGCUUCGAUCCCAUCCUGGUCCUCUCCGUCACCUCCUCUUCCUCCCAGACCCGCACGUUCUCACUUGUCUUGAUCUCCAGGCGAAGGUGGGCGGCGCAUGUGCAUGUCGGGGGCUGCCCAUGGUGGGGAUGUAUCCGACAGACAAAGGAGGAGGCAUUAAAGGACAGAAAGGAGAUGCUUGCAGCAAGGAAGGAAGGCACAGAGGCCUUUCGGCAGUUCCUUCAGGACAUGAAACGAAGGGGUCCCGGAUCCGUCUGA